AUGGAAAUAGCGCCAAUAUCACCCACUCAAGCUGUUGAAAACGUACACUGGACGGGUGUUCAGACCCACAACGACCCCAAAGUAAUCUGGGAAAGACAGUUAUUGAAAGAGGGCUCAUACCUAAUAGCGGAUUCCCUCGCCCAGAACUCUAGCAAGUCCGCCGCGGUGUUCCGAAGAUAUGACAAGCUUGCCAUGCAUCGGCUCAUUGUGCUAAGCAAAGAAUUAAGAGGUUUCGAAAUGAUACAUGAUCAGUAUGUGGACGAUAUUAGCCGUGAAGGGGAUCCAGAAGGACUAGAGAGUGGGAUAGACAGCGAGCAAUUCGGCCUCAAAAUCAUGGAAUACUACAAUCUUUUGGCCGCCUACAGCGGUGUGCUGCAUCUCGAGCCCCCGGCGGGACGAACAGUCGAGGCACUCGAUCGAUUCAUCUCCACACCCAAAUUCCAUGGCGGGAAACCGUGGCUUGGUCACCAGCUGAAGUACCAGAUGAAGAAGAAUGGAGCCAGAACAACGUAUCCCGACCUUGUCAGUUUGUACACUCCCGCGGAGAACGAUUACCUGUCGAGGUUUGUCGAUAAAUUCUUUUAUGGUUUCUUUUUGACCCCCGAAUCAACCGAAGGCGCAAAGUACGUCAAUGAACAGAAGAUGCAGCGCUUCGUCACCUUUGUCGGUACUGUCAUAUCAAUCGGCUUCCUGGUAGCCGCGAUGUGGGUUCUUUGGCGGCUCGAAGACCACAUGAUCCCCAAACUGGGUGCUGUUACUGGUUUUGUUGUGGCAUUUGCGGGAUGGCUAGGCUUCCUGACGACGGCGCAAAGGAAAGAUGUUAUCGCAGCCACGGCAGCAUAUGCGGCUGUGUUGGUUGUAUUUGUCAGUCAACAGAGUCCUGUCGCUACGCAGACGCAGGGAGGUGCAGUGGCGACGCAGAGCAGAUAA